AUGAAGACCUUCUUCCCCGAGGAGGUGUCCUCUAUGGUUCUAACAAAGAUGAAGGAGACCGCGGAGGCGUACCUGGGCAAGACAAUAACAAACGCCGUCAUUACCGUGCCAGCUUAUUUCAAUGACUCUCAGAGGCAGGCGACAAAGGACGCCGGCGCUAUCGCUGGCCUGAACGUUCUCAGGAUAAUAAACGAGCCCACGGCCGCCGCGAUAGCCUACGGUCUCGAUAAGAAGGCUGCGGGCGAGAAGAACGUCCUGAUCUUCGACUUGGGCGGUGGUACCUUCGACGUGUCGAUUCUGACGAUCGAGGACGGCAUCUUCGAGGUGAAAUCCACCGCCGGCGACACGCAUCUUGGCGGCGAAGACUUCGACAAUCGAAUGGUGACCCACUUCGUGCAGGAAUUCAAGAGGAAGUACAAGAAGGACCUGAGCCCCAACAAGAGGGCCCUGAGACGCUUGAGGACCGCCUGCGAGAGGGCAAAGAGAACGUUGAGCUCGUCAACACAGGCGAGCAUUGAGAUCGAUUCCUUGUUCGAGGGUAUCGACUUCUAUACGUCCAUUACUAGGGCUAGGUUCGAAGAACUCUGCGCAGAUAUGUUCAGAAGCACCCUCGAGCCUGUAGAGAAGGCGCUCAGGGACGCGAAGAUGGACAAGGCUCAAGUUCACAGCAUUGUUCUAGUCGGUGGCUCUACUAGGAUACCAAAGAUUCAGAAGCUACUUCAAGAUUUCUUCAACGGCAAGGAACUGAACAAAUCUAUCAAUCCGGACGAGGCCGUUGCUUAUGGCGCGGCAGUUCAGGCAGCAAUUCUGCAUGGAGACAAGUCCGAGGAGGUCCAAGAUCUGCUUUUGCUGGACGUGACUCCGUUGUCGUUGGGUAUCGAGACCGCCGGUGGCGUCAUGACUGCCUUGAUCAAGAGGAACACAACAAUACCAACAAAACAGACCCAGACGUUCACCACGUACUCCGACAAUCAACCGGGUGUGCUUAUCCAGGUCUACGAAGGAGAGAGAGCGAUGACGAAGGAUAACAACAUUCUCGGCAAAUUCGAGCUGACGGGUAUACCUCCGGCGCCUAGGGGCGUACCGCAAAUCGAAGUCACCUUCGAUAUCGACGCUAAUGGCAUAUUAAAUGUCUCUGCGAUCGAAAAAUCUACUGGCAAAGAAAAUAAGAUCACGAUUACCAACGACAAGGGUCGUUUGUCGAAGGAGGACAUAGAAAGGAUGGUGAACGAAGCCGAGAAGUACCGAUCGGAGGAUGAACAGCAGCGUGAAAGGAUUUCCGCUAAGAACGCUCUUGAGUCGUAUUGCUUUAACAUGAAGAGUACGAUGGAGGAUGACAAAAUUAAGGAUAAGAUCGACGCGUCUGACAAGGACAAAGUCAUGUCCAAAUGUAACGAGGUCAUCUCCUGGUUGGACGCCAAUCAAUUAGCGGAGAAAGAAGAAUUCGUUGAUAAGCAGAAGGAAUUGGAGGCCAUUUGCAGUCCUAUCGUCACGAAAUUGUAUCAAAGUGGCGGAGCGCCUGGUGGUUUCCCUGGUGCUGGCGGAGCGGGACCCAACCCUGGUGCCGGUGGUGCCGGACCAACCAUCGAGGAAGUCGAUUAAAUUAAAUGGCGAACUCCUGUUUUUUUUUCUCAUAUUUUCUCAUGUAGCUUGACACCAUUGCGUUUCAUUUCGUUUUGUUUCAUUCAACAACCUAUCGUUAACUUAAGUUCAACAUGCUCAUUUUAGUUUAUCUUUAUAAAAAAGUUUUUUAUUUUUGGAAGAUUUUACGAGCUGUGUUAAUGUAAUUGUACCGUAUUGUAUUAUAUAGUGGUAAGUUUGGUAUAAUAAAUAUUUAUUAAUAUUUAAUUUAAAAAAA